AGUGCCGAACGUUGAUAGCGGAAAACGCGUUUUCAGCUGCACAGACAACAAUAUAUUUGCUGCUCGCCCAUCAACUGUAAACGAAGUUCAAAGUUAAGAAUGAAGGAAGCCGAUCUGGAUGAGCAAUAUGCCCGCUUCCCAGAGAUCAAGCGAACGGAGGUGUUAAAGCUAGUCGAUUGGAUACAGGCGCAACCGCACAUCUCCGCCCAGUUUUCCGAGGCGGAGGCGCUGCAUUUCUUUCAUGCCUGCAAAUAUAGCAUGGAAAUGGCCAAACAGGUGCUGGACACAAAUCUAACGGCACGCACCCAUGUCGAUGAUUUCUUUGUGAAUCUGGACAUCGACAGCAAUGAGCUGAAGCGCGCCAUGAAAACGGUAGCGAUUGUUCCACUGCCAGGUGCCACGCCAGAGGGUUAUCGUGUUAUUGUGGGCAAACUGGACGAUCUGAACACAUCGAAUUUCAAUUACGCCGACGUCAUGAAACUCUAUUGCAUGGUAUUCGAUUAUUGGAUGUACGAGGAUGGCAUACAGCCGGGCCAUAUAAUUGUUAUAGAUCUUAAGGGCUGCUCCUUGGGUCACGUGGCGCGCAUUGGAUUGCUGCAAAUGAAGAAGUUCCUCUACUAUUUACAGGAAGCUGCGGCCAUACGCCUAAUUGGCUUUCAUUUCAUCAACAUUGUGCCCUUCAUGGACAAGAUAAUGGCACUGAUGAGUCCAUUCAUGAAAAAGGAACUUACCAGCAUUCUCUACAUGCACAGCGAUAUUAACGAGUUCUUCAAAUUUGUGCCGCGCGAGUUAUUGCCCAAGGAUUACGGUGGUCCACUUGAAGAGAUCAGUGUGGCUAAAGAAUUAUAUUACAAGAAGUUAAUGGAUAAUCGCAAGCAAAUGUUGGAAUACGAGAAGCGUCAUCAGGUGAAUGAAACACUGAGACCCGGCAAGCCAAAGAGCGCCUCAAAUCUGUUUGGUAUCGAGGGAAAUUUCAAAAAAUUGGACAUCGAUUGAUAUCAUUUCAAGAUUUUGAAUGUUUUCGUUGUUAUUGGUGUUUGUUGAACUAAUAAAACUGACAUCAUUUUAAUGUUUCAAAGCUAA